ACGAGGCAGUCAGGAGCCAGUGGUGAAGCUGUGAGGUUGGAAAUUUGAGUGAAAUCUAUGAGGAAAAUUCUUCUGAGGAUUCAGCAGCAUCAGCAUGCAUACUGAAAUUAUCUUUCACAGAGGAGGUAGUGUGAUUCAAGAUCAACCAUGAACGGGCUCUCAAAUACAUCUCUGGACCUCCAGGACACAAAGAGAAUACAUAACUUAUGGAAAUCCAGAAUGCAUAACUUCAUCCAGAGUCCAAUGCCAUGGAGGAAAAUCAACAGACAGGAAACAAAUGAAACAAGCCUACUGGGAGAAUCCCUUGAGACACUCCUUUCCAAGAAAUGUGGACAAAAAGCAUUUCGGGACUUUCUGAAAUCAGAGUUCUGUGAGGAAAACCUGGACUUCUGGCUCGCCUGUCAAGAGUUCAAAACCUCUGACAGUCAAGAGGAUUUGACACGGAGAGCAGCGAGUAUUUAUAAAGAGUUUGUCAAGGCCGAGUCUCCCAAACAGGUAAACUUAGAUUUCCACACAAGAGAGAUCAUCAGCCAGAAUCUCCAGCAGCCAACUCCAACAUGUUUUGUUGUGGCACAGAGGAAAAUCUACAGCCUGAUGGAGAACGGCUCCUUCCCACGCUUCAUUCAGUCUGAGCAAUACAAAGUCCUGUCUGAUGCAGCUUCUAAGCACAGAGGCCUUGGGAGGCACAGAAAGGCCUUGAAGAUAAGGAGCACCAGAGAUCUAAUGCAGCAUGAUUCAAAACCAAUCAGUUUGCAGUGUGAGCUCUAGCUCUUGCUCAAGAACUGACAUCACGCAAGUUGAUGGUUUAAAGCGUUGCACAGACACAGGCUCAGGAACUGCUGUUGACAGACACUGUGGCACUUCCCCUGUGCUCAACAAUGUCACCUUAACAACACAGUGUCUGACAAGACUGAAAGCUGCCAGAGUAAUGCACAUAACACACUGCAGGCAGUGCCAUCUGGUGCACAGUGAGCAGUGGACAUCACCAGAGGUUAAACUGUACCAGAACUUUCUGUACCAUGUGGUGCUUCUGGCUUGUAUAAAAAAUAAACUUAAUAUUUAUGGUUUUAUAUAACAGUAAUGCACAUGACUGCAGGGCUGUUGUGUAAUUUGUGAUUUUGCACUUAAUGUUUAUGGAAAUCUGAAUGAUUUUGCCAUGUAUGCAUCAUGAGACAUUACAAAAGUACAGACUUUAUUUUGUAGUGAAAUCAUAAAAUUGUUAAAUGCAAAAACUCUUAUCUGUCUUCAUGGCUGUCAUAAAAAUAUAUCCUGUCUCCUUACAGUUGAUGUGCUACUGCCACCCAGUGGUGACUGGGAGAACAAUAUUACAUUUUGAGCUACUGGUUGUGUACAACAAUGAGCCUUUAUGACAAUGAUAGGUUAUGAUGAUAUUUGUUAUUAACUGCAUUGCUCUGUUUGUUGUAUAUCACAUAACCUCACAAAUUCCUACAAAAAAAAUACAUGUCCGUUUUAUAAUUUGGGGCGGCAGUGCCUCAGGGACCUGGGUUGGGCACCGCAGGGUUGCCGGCUCAAAUCCUCGUCUGGACCAAAUAUGAAGUGUGGACUGGCAGCUGGAGAGGUGCCAGCUCACCUCCUGGGCACGAACUGGCACCUUAAGCAAGGCACUGAGUUGCCCAACUGCUCAGGGCGCCUGUCCAUGGGCAGAACCCUCAUGCAUGUAUAGGUCCUAUUUGUGCACGUGUGUGUAUUUCAAGCCUGUGUGUAUAUGACAACAGAGUGAAGAAAGUAAAAAGGUGUUCCUAAAUAAGUUUGCGAGAUAUCCAUUCAGUUUCAGUCUGUUUGAAAUCCUUUCUUGUCAGUUUCACGACAAAUAAAAAUGUUUAGAUUGUCUGAAGUCCUCAAUUUACGAGAGUAAGAAAACAGUAAAAUUGGUAAUUCUUUUCA